AUGCGGAGGGCGUCGCCUUCGCCGCCGGCGGUCUUUGCCGCCGCGGUCGUGGUGUUUCUGCCUGCCCUAUUCCCCGGGAUGUUCUCCCCGCUUGGCCACGCCUUCCCUUCUCUCUUCUCGACAGAUGAACAAAAGAGAGAGCUAUGGUCACCCUUGCCAUAUCAGGGGUGGAAACCAUGCUUAAAGCCCUCAAUUUCUCACGCAUUACCUCUGGAACCAAGUGGAUACAUCCAAGUAUUUCUUGAUGGUGGAUUGAACCAGCAAAGAAUGGGGAUAUGUGAUGCCGUUGCAGUUGCAAAGAUUCUUAAUGCUACUCUUGUGGUCCCACAUUUUGAAGUAAACCCUGUUUGGAAGGAUUCAAGCUCAUUUGAAGAAAUAUUUGAUGUGGACCACUUUAUCAACUCCCUAAAAGAUGAAGUUUCCAUUAUCAAAGCGCUUCCAAAAGAAUUUUCUUGGAGCACAAGAGAGUACUAUGGCACAGGCAUCCGUGCUACAAGAAUAAAAACUGCACCUCUUCACGCGUCAGCAAAUUGGUAUUUGGAGAGUGUCAGUCCUAUCCUGCAAAGUUGGUUACUCUAUGAAGAUAAUUUUUCACCAGCAAUCUUAUCUACCUGCUGUGUCACUGCCAGCUAUGGGAUUGCUGCAAUCGCUCCCUUUUCUCACCGCCUUGCAUUUGAUGAUUUGCCUGCGGAUCUUCAACGCUUGCGUUGUAAAGUUAAUUUCCAAGCUCUGGAUAUGGCUGCACAUUCUGCCUGUAACUUGGGAGGUGGCAGAGCUGAACAGCUAGCUCUUGCUAAGUACAGGCAAGUUAUAUGGCAAGGGAGGGUAUUAAAUUCACAGCUAACUGAUGAGGAGCUUCGGAACACAGGACGCUGCCCAUUGACCCCAGAAGAGAUUGGGCUAUUACUGGUAGCCCUUGGCUUUGACAGCAGAACUCGACUCUAUCUUGCUUCUCACAAGGUAUAUGGUGGAGAAGCCAGGAUCUCAAGCUUGCGCAAACUAUUUCCAUUGAUGGAGGACAAGAGGAGCCUUGCAUCUGAAGAUGAACUUGCUAGUGUUGAAGGGAAGGCUUCUGUUCUAGCAGCUCUUGACUAUUAUAUCAGCAUGCACAGCGAUAUUUUCAUCUCCGCAUCUCCUGGAAAUACGCACAAUGCUUUGUUGGCUCACCGAACCUAUGAGAACUUGAAGACCAUAAGGCCAAACAUGGCAUUGCUUGGCCGCAUCUUUGUGAACAAGAGCAUGGAGUGGCCAGAGUUUCAGCAGGUUGUACAGGCAGGACACAAAGGAAGAUACGGGCAAAUCCGGCUGAGAAAGGCAACGCAAUCCAUCUAUACUUAUCCUGCACCUGAUUUUUUGAUUCUGGCGUCCAUCUCCCACAUGGCUCCUCUGAACCGGUAG